AUGAAAAACACGUUAUAUGCUGAUUUUAAAACAGAUUACAAUAUAUAUAUAUUUCUUAAACUUAUGCAUUGGCUUGCUGUUCUGGUUGAGAAUCAUGUGCAGAUGGCUUAUCUCCACUCUCUGAUAUUCCUGCCGUUGCUUCUUUCAGAGUAUCUUUUGGUGAUCCGGCUUUUUGUACACUUUCAUCCGAAAUAGCUGGUACAGGAUUCUCUUGUGCUGCUUGCUUAUCACUUUCUUGUACAUCCUCCAUUUGGCUAUCACCGUUCUCUUUGCUUGUCUCAGCAUUUUCAGUUGAUGUAACGUCUUUUGGAGAUUCUUCAAUUGGUGGCGUCGCUGCUUUCAUUUCGACAUCUUGUGAAUCAUCAACAUUGGCGUCUUUCUGUACAUCACUUUCAUUGUCGCCAUUGUCGACCUCUCUGGUAGGGUUUGAGCCUUGCCUUUGAUCAACCUCCCUACUAAUAGCUUCAUCAAUCUCUUUGCUGACUGCUUCAUUGUUAAAUUUAUCAUUUUCAUUAUCGCUCUCUGGUGAUCCCGAGCCAUCUCGUUCAACCUCUUUGUUCAUAUUAUCAGAACCAGCGUCUGACUUAUCUUCGUCUUUAUCAUGCUUAUCUGCAAAGUCUUCAUCAUCACUUUCAUCAGACUUCUCUUUGAGGGCUGCAGAGCCCUUCUCCUCUUCUUCCUUUCUGGCUUGUUCUUCCAUAGCUGCUUUACGCUCCCUUUCAACCUCUUGCUUUUGUUGAAUCUUUUCAGCUUUUAUGCGUAAUUUCUCUUCUUCUUUUUCAGCUUCUUCUAUUCUCUUUUCUUCUUCUUUCUUUGCUACCGCACGCUGUGCUCCUCCAGGCAUGAAAUAGUCUUCCACACUUAUUCUAUCGUUUACCUCUUCCUCAUUCAGUGGUUCUAAACCAAGUUGGAUUUUAUCCCAUUUCUCUUCAUCUUCUUCAUCCUUGGGCCUACGCUUUUUGAGAGUCAUUCUAGUAGGCAUAUUCUUAUAGUAAACACCUUUUCCACGUGGUCUAGCAGAAGCAAGUGAUGAAUUGACAAUAGAUGAACCUGGCUGUUUGCUUAAACCAUCAUCAAACAUCAACAACAAAUCUGUCAUAUCUUUUUGUUCAUUUGUGAUGUUGUACUCCCUGAUAUAAUUAUAAAUAACUCUUUCUUGUUCUUCAAUAUUCUCUGGUAAGGAAUCUGAUUCAAGUUUUGAUCUUAAAAGGGUAUACUGUUCAUCAUUCUCAGGUAAAUAAUAUUGUAACCAAGUUUCACCUUGCUCAUUAUAUCUAGGUCUGAGUAUACCAUUAUGAAGACGUGGAUCAGAGCUGGUGUUACGAUCUGAAGGAUCAUCAGCGAAACGCAUAAUGAAAUAAUCAUUAGCGAAAGUCUCGAAAUCAGGUAAGAAAUCGUAAGUAUCAACUGCUUUGAGGUGCUUCUUCUGUGGAUGUUUAAUUUCAGAUAAUUCUUUGUCAUCCAAUUGAUGAACUGAUGUUGGUUCGAAUCUGAAGGUUGAUUCAAUUUCUUGUGCUCUGCCUUCUGGAGAAUCAUCGAAAACCUUAACUUCUUGAGACUUCAGACGAUUUAAAGCGGCCCUAUUGUGUGUAAUACGCUUUUCAUUUAAAUCUGUGUUAUUACUAUAUUUAGAUUUAUAUAACCAAGCUGUGUUAGAGGAAUUUGAGGUCCUAUCUAUUGGUGUGGAUGCACCUGAAGUGUUAGCUGAACGUUGAUUGGAUAUUUGUGAAGGGUCAACUAAUAGAUCUAAAUCUUCAUCAUCUAGUUCAACUUCCUCCUUCGGGUUUAACUCGAGUUGAUCUUCUUCGUCUUCGUCAUCCCAAAGUUCAGCGAAUUGUUGCAGCUGUAGGGGCAUACCGGAUUCCGCGUCGACUAUCAUAGGAUGUGGUUGCUCUGCUACUAAAGGUGCGCUGAAGUCAUACUCAGAUAGUCUUUCCAAGCUUGGUUCUAAGUUUAUCAACUUUGGUCCAAAUUUCGGUGCAGGUAUAGGAUUCUGAUAUCUCGUUCUAACAAUUAGAUCGUAUUUACUGUGUUCUGUAAUCAGUAUACUAAUUUUUUUUACCCUAUCUAUUCACUUACGAUUUAGACAUCUUGAACGUUCUCUAUCAAGAGUGAUAAGGCAAGAUUAACAGAUUUAUUAGAAUUAAAAUGGUAGACGCUAUACCAGAAGCAGUUUUAGAAGUACCACGCACUUUAAAAGAAUCUUUCAAAGCUUGGUGGUCUUAUACAGACGAUGAUGGAUUGAAAUCACAAGAGAGAAUGUUUGCAAAGUUGCCAUUUGAUAAAGUGAACAAGGAAGAUUUACCUUCUAUUGAUACUCCGAAGAGAGUUGCGUAUACUUCAUUGGUAGAUAUAAAUCACCCGAGUUUCGACAAUCCUGUGAAGAUAAAUACCCUUGAAAUUGGUAGCUACCCUAAACCUAACCCAGCGGAAGAGAUCCCGAUUGUUUGUAGUCACGGUUAUGCAGCAGCAACUUUCUUCUUUUUGAACAACUUACAUGCUUUGGGUAAUAUACCAAAGACCAGGUUCUAUGGUAUGGAUGUUUUAGGAAUGGGAUUAUCAGAGAGGGUCAAAUUCCCGCAUAUAAACACUUCACAACCGGUUGAAAAGAGAGUUGGUCAGGCUGAAGACUUCUUCACAGAUGCCUUAGAAGCUUGGAGGAAGGCACAGGGAAUCAACAAGAUGAUUUUGAUCGGUCACAGUUUGGGUGGUUACAUUAGCACAGUCUACGCAUUGAAGUAUCCAGAACAUGUUAAGAAGCUAAUAUUGGUCUCACCUAUCGGUUUCCCAAAAAAUCCUGAAAGUGUUAGAGCUGAAUCACUAAAUAAGGACCUUGCACAAGCUGAAUCACAAUCUCGCACCCACGAAUUUUCUGAUAUGCCCGAAACGCGUACCCGCAAAGCACUCAAAAGCGUAAUAAGGUAUUUAUGGGAGGAUAGGAAUUUCUCUCCAUUUGAUAUUUUAAGAAAGAGUUUCUUCUUUGGACCAAUGUUAGUUAGUAGUUACAGUUUGAGGCGGUUUAGUACACUCUCAGAUGAUUUACAAAGAGAUUUGUACCAUUACAUCUACUCGAUAAGUGUCCGUAAGGCUUCAUCCGAGUAUUCGAUUACGCAUUUAUUAAGUUUUGGAGCGUAUGCUAGAUUACCACUCAUAGAUAGGAUUGAAAAACUGGAUAAAAGAAUCCCGGUAACGUUUAUGCACGGCUCAGUUGAUUGGGUUGAUGGUGGUGAAGCAGCAUUUGAAAAGAUGAAAAAUUUAGGUUUUGACGUCAAAUAUGAGGAAACACCGCGUUCUGGACAUCACCUCUACUUGGACAAUCCAGAAGAUUUUAAUAGGUUCAUUGUGAAGGACAUAGAAAGCUGUAUUUAGGAUGAAAUACAUUAAAUCACAACUCAGGAUAACGAAUAUCAUGAUAUAAAUAUGAUUGUAUAAAAUAUAUUCUAUUUAAUUAAAAACCC